UAAACUGGAGAAAGAAAAAAGCUUCUGAACGGGCUUUGGCGCGUGCGUAGCAAUAUAAUGGUCUUCGAGGCAAUACUGGAGUAUAGAGCGCAUUCCUAAAGGAAAAUAGACACUGUCACCCAUCCCAAACAGACCAGAAGGAAUCAUGGGGAGUGUGUUCUUGCCGUCGGACCUCGCCAACACAGUGCUGAGGCGUUUGCGCAGGGACAACGGCUACCUGUUAGAGGAGAUCCGUCAGGGCAACAUCCAGAGAGAGUGCAGAGAGGAGAUCUGCACAUACGAGGAAGCCAGGGAGGCCUUUGAGAACGAUGAGAAAACUCAACGGUUCUGGGAGGAGUAUGUGCGGGAGAGCAGUGGCGGGCAGCAGUUGGAGGGCAGAGUCCACUCCCUCUACCUGAUCCUCCCCUUGCUCCUGGUGCUCCUGAUCUCCGGCGUGGCCAUCACUGUGUGGCGCUGCCACUCCCGCAAGCGCUCGGAACGCAACCCCGCCCUGGGCCACACCCACCGGGACCCCACCCUAUCGUUGGUCUCCAUGGACCAGUGGGGGCGGGACCUCCACGACCACUCGGAGCUCAGCGUCAACAGCAGCCCCGUCGACCCGGGCUUGGAGGUCACGUCGGCGAGGGGAGGCAGAGGAGCCCCGCCCCCGUCUUACGACGAGGCGGUCGGCCACACAGAUGUGCACAUAGAGACAGAGCCUCCUCCUCAGUAUGAGGACAUCAUUGGCCAUGGGAAGUGAAGUGACCCCCCCCCCCCCCCAUGCCCUGUCUCAACCGGACCCCAUCCAGCUAGAUCAGGGGUGUCAAACUCAUUCCAUGGAGGGCCGUCUGUCUGCUGGUGUUUGUUUUUUUUCUUCUCAAUUCAGACCAGCUGAGGGGAGGUACUAACUAAUCAAUGACCUUAAUUCGUCAGUCAGGAUGAAGGGAGGAGGGAAAACCUCGGUGGAAUAAGUUUGACACAUGAGCUUAGAUCCUCCUGCCCGGUCUCACCCUCCUGCUCACCUCCCUCUAACUGUUAUGUUACUACACUAACACAGAGAUGUUGGAUGCAAUAACGUUGAUGCUUGCACUGACCAUCGGAUAGGGGUGGAGGGAUGGUGAAUAUGAUACCAAAUGUUUGAUUUUGCUAUACCCAAAUGUACAGUUAUUUAACCAUACUGCCAUACAUCAGUGAUGUUAUGAGUACGCUGGAGGUUUGGGGCUUGAUGAAUGGUGUAAAGUAAAAAAAGAACUGUUCUGAUUUCCAUACUUCUAAAAAGGAGAGAAAUAUCAAAUCUGAUAACUAAAGUUAUUUUCGAAACAUGAACAUUUAAAAAGUAUUAUUUCAAGCUGUGUGCUUUCUGAUCAGUGUGUGUGUGUGUGUGUGUGUGUGUGUGUGUAUAUAUAUAUUAUAUAUGUGUGUGUAUGUUGUUUUGAAUGUUCGGGGAGUGAAUUGUAAAAAAUAAAAUGAAAAAAAAGUUUUUUGGUUAGCCAGUAGUAGCUUUGUACACAUAGACUUGGAUGGAUCUAUCCCAGUGUCAUAUUAAUUAGUCAGGGACAGUCAAUAUUCUCAGACCAUAUUCCCUAAGGGUGCAUCCCAAAUUAUACCCUAUUCCCUAUGUAGUGUACUAAUUUUGACUCGUCCAUAUGGGUAUUAGUGCACUAAAUAGGGCAUAGAGUCUCCGUGUGACACUAUGGGAGCUGUGCUGGCAUGGAGCGCAGCGUCAAUUACCCAUUUUCUCUCUUUGGGCUACAUACAGUAUUAAAUGUCACUACGCACAGUGUAUGUGUGUGUGAGCGCAUUUUUAUUUUACUGCGGAUAACAACACCGACUACAUUGAUAAUAAUGGUGUGAAUAACAUGAGGUGUGCGUGAAUGAAGGCACUUUGUGUUGUGGCAGUUGGUUUGGUUCUAUUCAGCACUACCAAUAAUACUCACCAAUAAUGUCAUCAGCUUUUGGGCGACUGUAUAUUUUACAUGCCAAUUAUGCAGCUGGGGGACUAAAUAUAGACAUCCUAAACACUAAAUAUCUGUGUAAUAUUCAUUAUUAUAAGUGACAUUGAUACAUGUAAUAUGACGAUGGCCCUGUAAACACUUAUUUCUUGAGACAAUGUAGUUUGCCCGGGGUUCAACCCUAUCCGCGUCAAAGUGCGUUGACAUUUUAACAGUAAUUCCCGAUUGUGCCGACAUUGCAACGUGUACUGUUAAUGCGAUCUCAGCAAACGUUGGGAACGUUGCCUUUAGAAGGCGUAUUGUCGACAGCACUCUACAUAUUGAGGUACGGCCUUUGUCUGCACAAUAAUGUUUACACCGUAAUUGUGCCGUGUCUCUACAAAAAUAAUCACACAGCGUUGUUGAGAUUUUUUUUGCGUUGCAUCACAACCAUUGUGCCAAAUGCGUUAUGCAUCAGUUGUAGGACUUGAGUGUGCACGGGGCCUGUGUAAUCUGUACACUGCAGAUGUAUGAGAGGACUGAUGUAUUUUGUUGACCUGUGGAACUGCAGCACUUAUCUCUAUGCUAUAUGACCUGUGAUUGGGAUGUGCUGGUUGAAGUAGACAUUUUGGUUGGGUUUAUGGCCCUGUCCAGAAAUGGCCCCUACCCUUUUAACCAGGGCUCUCCAAUCCUGUUCCUGGAGAGCGACCUUCUUGUACAGUUUCACUCCAACCCCUGUUGUAACUAACCUGGUUCAGCUCAUCAACCAGCUACUUAUUAGAAUAAGGUGUGCUAGAUUAGGGUUGGAGAGAGAACCUACAGGAGGGUAGCUCUCUAGGAUCAGAGUUGGAGAGAGAACCUACAGGAGGGUAGCUCUCCAGGAUCAGGGUUGGAGUGAACCUACAGGAGGGUAGCUCUCCAGGAACAGGGUUGGAGUGAGAACCUACAGGAGGGUAGCUCUCCAGGUUGACAGCAGAUAAGUUUACUUCAUUUCACGAAAUUCUACUCAUUUUGCCAUGGGGUAGUUUAACAGCAAAUGUUUUGCACGUUUUGCAUUAGGGUGGAGAUAUUUUUUUUUGUGCAGUUUUUAAUAUCUGAUUGAGAUUAACAAAUUCAAUAGGGGCCCCGGGCUGAUAAUUUCACCAUAAUAAAAGGUUUAGAUUGCUGGCCACUAAAACAAGCAAUCUAAAAAUGUUUAGCUGACAUGAGCUAAUUGAAUGACUAUCAGUGACUUGACAUAAGAGAAACUGCUGAUGCAGGAAAUUGCACUUUGUGUAUUCUAUUCUAACUCUCAACAGUAGUAAGUUGAUACCCUGACAGUUCCUAUUAUCAUAUUAUUGAUCUGAUGGCCUUCAAAAGAGAGGCCGUCAGUUGCCCAGCCCUGUGCUAAAGCAAUAUGGUGAUAGUUCCACCUUUCCCUCUGAUAGGCUAGGUGGAAUAGUUGCUAUUUUGCUUACAUCUGUCCAAUCAUUUCAGAUCUUUUAAGUGUACACAGGUGGUAGAAUAUAUGAGUUUCUGGACAUGACCUAUUAUUGUACUGUUACCUUUUUAAAUUCUGUUUUUUACAAUGCCUUAAGCAAAUACAUCCAUGUAAAUAUAUGGCCAACCUUUGGAUAUGUACUGAGCUUGAAUUCAUUUGUAAUAAAAUACUUUCAAAAUGUGUGGA